AGCAAUUCGCGUCCCGGAAGCAGCGGCGGCGGCGGCGGCGGCGACGGCGGGGGAGGUGGCGGAGGCUCUCCGGUUUGCGACUUCAGAGAGGCCCUUGAAAGAGGGGCAUCCUCGGGGUGGGGCGGGCCUGAGGAAACGCUCCGGGGCCUGGUGGCCCUUCCAGUGCUCUCUGGCCGUCCCCGCCCCUCCCCCACCAGCCCAGCGACCGGGAUGCAGACAUCAGAGCGUGAGGGGAAUGGGCCGGAGGUGAGCCCCAGCGUGAUGCCUGAGGCUCCCCUGGAGUCUCCACCUGCCCCUACCAAGUCCCCGGCAUUUGAUCUUUUCAACUUGGUUCUGUCCUACAAGAGGUUGGAGAUCUACCUGGAACCCCUGAAGGAUGCAGGUGACGGUGUCCGGUACUUGCUCAGGUGGCAGACACCUUUGUGUUCCUUGCUGACCUGCCUGGGCCUCAACGUCUUGUUCCUCACUUUGAAUGAGGGUGCAUGGUACUCGGUGGGUGCCCUGAUGAUUUCAGUGCCUGCCCUUCUGGGCUACCUUCAGGAGGUUUGCCGGGCACGGCUGCCCGAGUCUGAGUUGAUGCGGAGGAAGUAUCACAGCGUGAGGCAGGAGGACCUCCAGAAAGUUCACCUGUCUCGCCCCGAGGCUGUGGCUGAGGUGAAGAGCUUCCUGAUCCAGCUGGAGGCCUUCCUGAGCCGCCUGUGCCACACCUGCGAAGCUGCUUACCGUGUGCUGCACUGGGAGAACCCUGCCGCGUCCUCACAGUUCUAUGGGGCUCUCCUGGGCACAGUUUGCAUGCUGUAUCUGCUGCCCCUGUGCUGGGUCCUUGCCCUUUUAAACAGCACGCUCUUUUUGGGGAAUGUGGAGUUCUUCCGAGUGGUGUCUGAGUACAGGGCAUGUCUGCAGCGGCGGCUAAACCCCAAGCAGAAAGACAGCGUCUUUGAGAGCCCACCACUGCCAGAGGCGGGGGGAAAGUGUGCUCUGCCGGACUGCACACCUGCACCCACGCCCACAGAGGACCUCACGCCUGGCAGUGUGGAGGAGGCCGAGGAGGCUGAGCCCGAUGAGGAGUUUAAAGAUGCGAUUGAGGAGACGCACUUGGUGGUGCUGGAGGAUGACGAAGGUGCCCCAUGCCCAGCAGAAGAUGAGCUGGUUCUGCAAGACAACGGGUUCCUGAGCAAGAAUGAGGUGCUGCGCAGCAAGGUGUCACGGCUCACGGAGCGGCUCCGCAAACGCUACCCUACCAACAACUUCGGGAACUGUACCGGCUGCUCGGCCACCUUCUCAGUGCUGAAGAAGAGGCGGAGCUGCAGUAACUGUGGAAAUAGCUUCUGCUCUCGGUGCUGCUCCUUCAAGGUGCCCAAGUCCUCCAUGGGGGCCACAGCCCCCGAAGCCCAGAGAGAGACUGUGUUUGUGUGUGCCUCGUGUAACCAGACCUUGAGCAAGUGAGAAGAGGGGCUGGGGUCCAAAGUGGGCGUCGGUCCCUGGGGCCAGCAACAGACCUCACUGUCCUGUCCCUAGCCCCAUGUCGUGUGUGCUGGGCAAAUGUGGCCUGAAUGCUAGGUAGGCUUCCCCUUCCUAUCCUCACUGUCUCCAGCUGGGUUCUGGAGCUGCUCCCCACUCCUGCGGAUGGCUAGUAAAUGGCAGUUCUCAAAACCCAGAGGGAAGAGGAGCCCCUGGAGGGCUUGGCAAGUUUGGCCUCCUCUGCCCUGGGCUGAAUUCGUGAACUCAGAGCUGAGCAGAGAAUAUAAACUAGAGGGCAAGAGUGAGCUAGGCCUGGUCUCUGUAGGGCUCUCUGAGCAUCAGGGCAUCUCUCCACACCUCACAAUUCUAGGAGACCACAGAUCAGAGAUUGGGAGAAGAGAUUCUUCCUCUGCUGGUUAGUGGGCCAGCCCCUUGGCUUCUGAGAGCCUGCAGAAGGGCUUGGGCUUGGCAUGACCCAACUCUGCUGUUUGAGUGUCCCUUCGGACAUCAGCAUCUCAUUGUUUCGCCACCAGAGGGUGUGGCCAGAGCUAACAAGACCAAAAGUCCUAGAAACAGGGUUGAUGUUUCCAUGUUCUCUCAGAGGAGGACGUGUCUAGGAGGGCCUGUCAGAGUCCUUUAGUAUUAAGUGGAGCAAAACAUAGGGAGCCCCAGCAGCUCAAAGGACAUUAGGCUAACCUUGCAGAAACCUUGACUUGCAGAAUCUCAGCCCCCAUAUUAUCUUGGUGACAGCUCCACUGGGUAGAUGCCAGGCAUUCAGAUCACUCUUACUCCUGCUCAGAGCCUCAGGCACCCCUCCUCUGGCCCGGAGCUACAUUUCCCCUCCCUGGCCCCUUGUCCCAUGGAGUGUGAGACAGGCAAGCAGAGCAGAGGUCCUGAAGCCCUUGACCCUUGGGGGCCUGGGAAGUGUAGGAUCUCUCUGGGCUGGGUCCUAGAUUCUGGCGCUGUUCCUCAGCAGGACAGUCUCACUUAGGGGUUAAGGCCGAGGUCUCCAUCCUCUCUUCGAUAAUUUUAUGUUCACUUCUGGACUCGUAGGGCACCAGUGUCUCUUCCUAAGCCUUGAGCGGGCUCAGGCACCCUUUCUCUCCCUUGGAGCUACCCUGCCUUUUUGAAAUAUUUAUUUAUUUAUUGCACGGUUCCUGGGAACAUGUGGCACAAGCAGUGGGAUGGAGAGGAUGGGGGGCUUCUCCUGCUCUAGGAUGCUUCCCUGGAGUCAUGGGCUGCCAGGGACCCAGGACCCAUAGGAGGCUGAGCAGGGAUCUGAGGAGGCAGGUGGGGAGAAAAGACCAUCCCAGGCCAGCUUUUGGCGGCUAGUUAGGGCUGGGCAGCCAGGGGCCUGCUCCAGGCCAGGGAGGUGCAAGUCCCUGGGGAACCAGGCAGACCUUGGUGUACCCCCUUCCUCGGGCUCUUUUGUUAAGAGAUGAGAGUUAAGCACCCUGUGCUUUAUUUACACUGGAGAGGAACAAAAAGGAUCUCUUGUGUAUAUGGAGAAUUGUCAAUAAAAAGGCCCUCAAGCUUCUGA